AUCGCCCGCCGUCCUCUCCUCUCCUCCCCGGCCCCUUCACUCCACCAACGAACCCCACGCAGGCAGCAGCACGCGCAAGCCGCAAGGCAAGGCACAAACACUAGGGGCCGGGCAUGGCGACGCGGGCGGACGUGGAGAAGGGCGGGCCGGCGAGGAAGGAGCCCGGCAAGGUGCCGUCGCCGCUGUACCCGCAGCACGAGGGGGAGCGGGAGUGGGUGCCCUGGCUCGUCCCCGUCAUCUUCGUCGCCAGCAUCACCGUCUUCGUCGUCACCAUGUACGCCAACAACUGCCCCGCGCGCGACACCAACAAGUGCGUCGCCCGCUUCCUCGGCCGCUUCUCCUUCCAGCCGCUGCGACAGAACCCGCUCUUCGGGCCCUCCUCCGCCACGCUCACCAAGAUGGGGGCCCUGGUGUGGGAGAAGGUGGUGCACCGCCACCAGGGCUGGCGCCUCCUCUCCAGCAUGUGGCUCCACGCCGGCGUCAUCCACCUGGUCGCCAACAUGCUCUGCCUCCUCUUCAUCGGCAUGCGCCUCGAACAGCAGUUCGGAUACGUGAGGAUCGGCGCGAUCUACGUGCUCUCCGGCGUGGGCGGCGCCGUGCUGUCGUCGCUGGUCGUCCGGAACCGCGUCACCGUGGGGGCCUCCGGGGCGCUCUUGGGCCUGCUGGGCGCCAUGCUCUCGGAGCUGCUCACCAACUGGACCAUCUACACCAACAAGGCGGCGGCCGUGGCCACGCUCCUGUCCGUGGCCGCCGUCAACCUGGUGCUCGGCGUCCUGCCCCACGUCGACAACCUGGCGCACCUCGGCGGCUUCCUCGCGGGCUUCCUACUCGGCUUCGUCGUGCUCAUGCGCCCCCACUUGGGCUGGAUGGAGCGCUACGGACUCCCCGCCGGCGCGCCCUGCACCGCCAGGAAGUACCUCGCGUACCAGUGGACCCUCCUCGCCGUCGCCAUCAUCAUCCUCCUAGUCGGAUUCGCGGCCGGCAUGGCGAUGCUCUUCCGCGGCGCCAACGCCAACGACAGCUGCCACUGGUGUCACUACCUCAGCUGCGUGCCCACCGCCAGAUGGAACUGCACCAACUGAUGAUCCAUGCAUAGCGGCAGCAGCACGAGUUGGAGUUGCCACCCAUUUUCAUCUUCCGAUCCGUAUAGUCUCGUUACUGUAGAUAGCUUCUUUGUCAUUCAUUCAGAUCUCAACACACACGUCGGUCUCCUGUUCAUUUGAUUCAUUCUUUUACAUAAUGAUGCAAUGCAAUUAUUGAGAUUUCGAAUCU